UUCAGCAGCUUCGAAUAUCAUGCACUCUCUUCCCAUUUACAAGCAGGCAUACUUUUAUCUCCUGGUAAAGUAACUUCGGUAAAUUUUAAAUCUCCUGAUAUACUCCGAACCAUGAUCAACUUUCUUUCUCUCCACCGUCGUCAUCAUUCCCCUUGUAGUAACCCAAGAACAUUCCAUCCACGCUGGACGUGGACAAUUGCCAUUCAUCGCAAAUCGCUAGCGAGCAUGCUUUGAUCACGCUGCGCGCGGAAAGCACUACAAGCACUGAGCAGCAACAUGGAUACCAGCCCUUUUUCUUCCUUCCUGCCCGAAUCGUCUAGCCCUCCCUGCCUGACGGCCAAGCGUGGAUCCGCCGUUUCGCUCCUCUCACCUCCACCUCUAUCACUGCUUCCGCUUGUGCCGCCCCACAAGGACGAGCUCUUCGGGCCGGUAUUCGUCAGCGAUGACGAAGGUGCCACCGAGGAUGAAAGCGCUGCGUCAGACAGCGACCAGAUGCUCUCCGAUUGCGAAACGGAAAGCGCAUUCAACAGUCGACGAUCUUCGGACCUGUCCACGCACCUUCGUGGAUCCAUCUUCGGCAGUCGGAGGGUAUCGCUGGUCGAUCCUACCAUCCAAAGCGGUACGGCGUCGACCUCAUCAGCGCAAGCAGGGCAAACAGCGCCCGUAGCCGGGCAGUCUGCAGAGGCUAAUGUCGUUCCUGAGGUAAAAAGAAAGAGGCGUCAUUCUAUUCUCAGCUUUGCAUCUCUUUGCUUCAGCCCCAAGACUCUGAUCGGAAGACGGGACAGCAUCGGCAGGCACAGACUAUUCCACAAGCAGGCGGACACCGGUGUCUCUCCUGCAACCAACAAGCCACAGACAGUCCUCGAGCACGCUACCGACCAGAGUGCUCUGCUUUGUAAAACCUCGCCGGAUCCAAGGACACCAGAUGCAAACAAUGAUAACACGGCUACAACUGUCUCUCCAGCUGGUACAAGCGGCACCCCAGAGAUACAGACGCGUGUUUCGCGACCUCGCACCUCAGCAGGCGGGACCCGCCGCCCAUGUGCGAGCUCACUGCACACACGAAGAAGCACCAUUUCUCUCUUUGGUACCUCUGUGACCGAUCUUGCCCAGCCGCCUUUGCCUCUGGACAUCGAACCGAUCCUCAAGUUACCUCCGCAGCCCACAACACCGACCUUGCUGCUUCCUCCGGGGUCACCCGUCAGCACUUUAAGCACUGCCACUAGCGGCGGAGGCGGGGCGGCCUUCAAUGCAGCCGUGGGUGGUAUGGCGAAUGCUGCAGGCGCCGCAACGACGGCUAUUUUCAAGACGACGUUCGAGGCGUCGGCCAAGCUUGGCUCCGCGCUGAUGCCGCCUGGCUCGAAGAGAAUGGUCAAUCAGACGGCUACGGCGGCAUCAGCUGCCUUCACAAGUGUCAAAGAUGCUUCCAGGACAACUGCUCGCAGAAUGGGCAUCACUUCUAACUCAGCCUCGAUGCAGAAUGCCGGUACCAGCAACCAGCCCCAAUUGACAGAGUACUUCAUGCCGAUCCCUGCUUCGUCGUCGAACUCUAUCGGAAAGCAGAGUGAAGCCGUUCCGACUUCACAGGAGGUCAAUGUCUCUUCCACUGGCUUCCCGAUCAUGCGUGGCGCAGAGAACAACGCCGCUCCAAGGUCCAUACCGCCGUCACCUGGAUCGGACCCAUCAACAGGUCCCCCUUCUCAAGAGCAGACUAUGCAAGUUUUGCAGCAAGUCGGCUGGACAUGGGGCGCCGCAGCCGCUCGCGCCUUUGAUCACCCACCAAACCGCCAGAAGCGUCUCUCCAUCGCGGACAUAGAUGAUGAUAUGAUCGAUGGCCUGCAGCGAAUCCCUAGCCAAGAACUCGAUCCGUUUGUCUUCAAUGCCGACGAUCCCGAGAUCGCACAUUGGUCACGGUUCACUGAAGCGUACGCUGCGGGCGAGAUCGACCUCAACAAUGGCCUUCCCCGCAAGCCUCCUCGCGGUGUGCCGGACCCUUCGCUGUGUCCGUUCGCCACACCGCUCGCGUGCGGACCGUUCCGCGCGCCUAAGCCUCUCUGGGAACAGGAUCGGCAACGAGCAAUGAGGCGCGUAGAAAUUGCACUGCUCGAUGCUCCGGCGCUGCAGGAAAUUCAGCGUUGCGUGACAGCUGCACAGACUGCGCUGCAUGCCCCCUCAGCUCGUUGCGCCAUCAUCGACGGGGAUUGCCUCGUCACGCUCACGGCCGCGGGGAUCCUGCAGGAGCCAUUUGCAAGAGACUCGAGCUUAUGCGCGCACACCAUCCUCAAUCGUAAUCGCGGCAUGGUCGUACUGGAUACCAAAAAAGACUGGCGCUUUCCGGAUGCUGAGGAGCUACUGCAGACCAGAUUCUACGCCGGAGCACCAGUGACUACCGCAAAUGGCAUGCCAAUUGGAUGUCUUGCUGUGUGGGACUCGCAGCCGUGGCAAGACAUCAAGGAUGAUCAGCGCAACAUCCUCCGUGUCCACGCGAAAGCCAUUGGCAAAGAGCUCGAAGCAUUCCUUGUGCGCCGGUUUGAAAGCAAGAUUGCCCGUAUGAAUGACAGCUUCAAGAGCCUCGCCCUGCUCGGCGAAGAGCUACGCCAAGCCAAAGAGGAAAAGGUGAAACAGGAUACAGCGCUGGUUACUCUUGCUCUGGAUCGCUCGCAUCGAGUCAUCGCCAACCGUGGCAAAGGCGUCCGCAAGGCUGGACAUACUGGUUCUUGCGCCCUGCGUCGUGUCGGCUCACAACCAACUUUAUCGGCGAACAGCGAAAGAAUACCACCCGAGCAAGACAUCAACCUAUGCGAGUCACCACCUGCAGAGAUCAUGUGCCUGGGCCUCCUUGUUGACCAGGAAGAUGCAGUUCUACUCAACCACCUCGUCAGGAUUAUCAGAACGACGCUUGACAUGUCGGUCGUCUACCUGGCUGGCAUUGCACUCUCCAACCCUGGACAAGCUCCUUCGCCACUUGGUCAGCGUUGCAUCAUUGCCGCGAGCGACGGAUGUGCUGCCUCAACCUCUGACCUGCAUCUUGACUACGCUAUACAUGCCAAGGCUGCACAAGAGACCAGCGCUGAAGAAGGAGUCAUCAUCCAAGACCUCGACCGAAAAGCCAUCAAGCAAGGCAAAGGCCCUGCGAAGGUCUCGACAGGUUCGGUACAGCAAGUCUUUCAAGCAGGUCUUCUGGUACCAAUUCAAUUCGAUCAUGUGAAGAGCACUUUCUUGGCAACGACCAACGCAUCUUCAGAAUCUUCAAAAGAUGAGCCCGCUAAGGUGGGCUUUGUUCUUGGAGCAUUCUCGGCCGACGCGUCAAAAGCUCUCGGCAUUGAGGACCUACGCUACCUCCAGAAAUUUGCGAUGAUCUUCUCCGUCCUGCUCGUGAGAUACACGCAAGCUCUAGACCUUGCGGUGGAGGAGGCCCGCCGUUCCACCCUUCGCGCAGCUGCUGCACCGUCAGUGGCACCUAAAGAGAAAGGCUUGCUCACUGGGAUGAUCGCCAGCAGCGCACAAGCGGUCAAGAACUCACCAAGGGCUGCGUACAAGGGGACGGUUGCGGUUUCUAAAGGUACGGUCGCUGGGACCGUUGCCGUCACUCGUGGUUCAGCCUCAGCGAUCAAGAGCGUCACUGCAUCCACAAAGAAAGCCCUGCGACCCUCGCAUUCGCGCGUGGCGCCCCGACCUCCUGGAAGUCAUACCACGACAACGAUGGCCGAUGAACACUCGCUCUUCAACCUAGAUACAUUCGCCAAGGGCUUCCAACCCCCUCCAUCGGGCUCAGGGUCGAUGGGCCGCGCUGCCUCGUCCUUCUCAAAUGCACGUGCACCGCUUUCUCAAGCCCCAAAUACGACCUUGCAUCCACUCCGUCCUAUCCUGACUCGCGCUGCGCCAUCUGACGCCUUCAAUGUCACGGCGGAUCAUGGUAUGAGCAAUUCCAAGUCCAUCCUCCACUUCGAGUCACCCACAUGCUCAUCAUCUCAAAAGAAGAGUAAGGAGGCGAAACCAGAGCUUGGCAUCGCUGCAUUCAUCGCUUCUGCUACCGCUAAUGGCCACCCGCGCCGCCCGCUGAACGUUCGCACGCAAUCAUACGCUGUUCAGCGUUCCAUAGACUAGCACCCCACCCAUCGGCACUUCGAGUAACCAGCAUUCCCAAUGUUCUUUAUUUUUUUUAUUCUUGAAUAGA